AUGAGGUUCCGGAGGAAGCAAUCUCCAUUGCUUUUACUUUUAUUGCCAUCAUUGGCUUUGGCUCUAUCUCCUGCGGCACAAGACAACAUACAAUCUGCCCUCGCGAAAGAUGCUGAUGCGCAUACUGGAAAGAUAGACAAAACGGUCGAUUCUGGAUACGAUUCAUCAUCAGCUGUUACAGGUCUUGCCGAUAAUAAAGCAAAAUAUGAUGUUGGUACGAAAGAUGCGCCAGUCGAUGGAAAAGAUGGAAAACCACACGCUGGCCCAUUCGUAGACACCACCAAAAAAGACCCUAAGAAAGAUGCUGCCACAGAUGAAAAAGCGGAUACCAAGGGAUCUAAAGACUCUAAAGAUUCUAAGAGCUCCAAGUCCAAGCUUGAAGAUGGAGAAUUGGUUGUGCAACCCACAACCAAAACUUCCACAGCGAAGAAGGAAAAAAUGGUUGACGACGAUGGUAACGAAAUCCCUCAGAGUAUCGAUGGCGUUAUGAACGAUCCAAGUCGAGCAUUACCUAAGCAAGGCACAACAGGUACUGAGGGAGGUGUGAGUGAGAAAGAGAAGACACGAAAGGGUCAGGAAAGCCAAACGGGAGAGAAGGCGGAAAAGAAGCCAGCAUCACCUAAAGAGGCACCUCCAAUACCUCACGAUACCGAACAAAAGUUACAGAGUGACAGCAAAGAUCCGCAGAAGAAGGAUUCGACCAAAAAAAUCACUGAUGACAAGGAGACUGGUGCCACUGACAACCUCGCUGGAUUGGAUAAACCUACAGAUCUUCCAGAUAAGACAAACAAUAAUCCUCAUCCAAUUCCUAAUUCUGCCAACAAGGAUCACCUAGAUGUUACCAAAUCCGAUUCAAAGGCCAUUCCAAAGCUUGACUUGGAAGGAGAGGGUAAUGAGGGUCUCAUUCAACCUUUACAUUCGUUUCUUCUUUCCCUCACAAUGAUUUUGUUCUCUGAAAUUGGAGACAAGACAUUUUUGAUUGCAGCAUUAAUGGCUAUGAAGCAUGACAGACUUCUAGUAUUUUCCGCCGCAUUUUCCGCAUUGAUAGCUAUGACAAUUCUAUCCGCGGUAUUAGGUCAUGCAGUUCCUACUUUAAUUCCAAAACGAUUCACGAAUUUCCUAGCCGCAGGACUAUUCUUGAUUUUCGGAGGACGUUUAUUAAAAGAAGGUUUAGCUAUGAGUCCAGAUGAGGGUGUUACGGAAGAAAUGAAAGAAGUCGAAAUGGAACUCGAGGAAAAAGAGCAUUUGGCAAAGCAACAAGGAAGACGUCGAUCAUCAGUUUCUCCAUAUGCUCUCGAAAUGGGUCUUGGUGGAGGUCCAAGAGCCAGCACAAGAAAAUCUAGAUCAGGAUCACGUCUACCAUCUCCACCAAGAAGUCCUUCAACUUCAUCAGAUCGAUCUCCUUCUCCUAAGAGAUCAGCGAUUCAAAGUGCUGCAGGUGGUUUGAAUAAUCUUCUCUCUUUACUAUUAAGUCCAGCUUGGGUUCAAACAUUCGUUAUGACUUUCCUAGGUGAAUGGGGAGAUCGUAGUCAAAUUGCUACGAUUGCUAUGGCUGCUGGUCAAGAUUAUUGGUGGGUAACUGGGGGCGCGGUUAGUGGUCAUGCUGUUUGUACCGGAGUGGCUGUUAUUGGAGGAAGAGCUAUUGCUGGAAAAGUCAGCUUAAGAGUUGGAAACGGAAACGCAUUGUUUCCUUCAUAG